AUGAGUGUGUUAGAAUCGUCGGAGAUUUGGGGCACUGACGAUGGACUGGAUCCCGAGAUCUUGCUCAUGUCUAAUGAAGAAUUACGACAACGUAUUCGUCUAUUAGAUAACGAUAUUCGUAUCAUGCGCAGCGAUAUUCAACGUAUUAAUCACGAGAGUAAUUCCCAACGGGACCGGAUUAAAGAAAAUAAUGAAAAAGUAAAGCUUAAUAAGCAAUUACCGUAUCUAGUAGCAAAUGUGGUGGAAGUAUUAGAGCUUGAGGAUGAUGAGGAUGAGCAGGAUGGUGCGGCUACGGAUGUAGAUGCACAGCGGAAGGGCAAGAGUGCUGUGAUCAAGACAAGUACUCGACAGACAAUCUUUUUACCUAUUCCAGGACUUAUUGACUCAUCGACGUUGAUUCCAAACGAUCUCGUGGGUGUGAAUAAAGACAGUUAUCUAAUUUUGGAGAAAUUACCAAGUGAGUAUGACUCGAGAGUGAAAGCAAUGGAAGUGGAUGAGAAACCAACGGAAGAGUACAGUGAUAUUGGUGGACUGGAUAAGCAGAUUCAGGAACUUGUCGAGGCUGUUGUUUUACCAAUGACACACAAGGAGAAAUUUGAUGCGAUUGGUAUUAUGCCACCAAAGGGUGUACUUUUACAUGGACCUCCUGGCACAGGCAAGACGCUACUUGCACGGGCAUGUGCGAAACAGACGGACGCUAUUUUCUUGAAACUGGCAGCACCGCAAUUGGUUCAGAUGUUUAUUGGUGAUGGUGCAAAACUUGUGCGAGAUGCGUUUGAAUUGGCUAAAGAAAAGUGCAAAGACGGAGACCGUGGCGGUGCCAUUAUUUUUAUUGAUGAGUUGGAUGCCAUUGGUACGAAGCGAUUCGGUGGCGAGCAAUCAGGUGAUCGGGAGGUGCAGCGUACGAUGCUAGAACUACUGAACCAGCUGGAUGGAUUUACAAACAAUACGAAGAUCAAGGUCAUUGCUGCUACUAAUCGUCCGGAUGUACUGGACCCUGCCCUCCUUCGUUCUGGACGUUUGGAUCGCAAGAUUGAGCUGCCGCACCCAACUGAAGAAGCUCGUGCUCGCAUUUUGCAGAUCCACUCGCGUAAAAUGAACGUCGACACGGAAGACACCAACUUUGAUGAGCUAGCACGCUCCACUGAUGACUUCAAUGGCGCACAGCUCAAAGCGGUAUGUGUGGAGGCUGGUAUGCUGGCAUUGCGUCGCGAGAGCAACGUAAUCAAGCACGAGGACUUCAUGGAGGGUAUUUCCGUUGUAUCAGCCAAGAAGAAGGCGACGCUCCAGUACUACGCAUAG